AUGGUCGUUAACAAUCCUAAUAACUGGCACUGGGUCGAUAAAAACUGCAUUGAUUGGGCUAAGCAAUAUUUCAAUGAGAACCUCAUUGGCUUGAGAGCCAACGGUGACGACGGCACCUACGUUGCAGUCGACUCUGUCUCAUCAAUAGAAGGUGACGUAGAAGUGUGUCAAAGAAAGGGAAAAGUGAUUUCUCUUUUUGACUUAAGAAUUAUCUUGAAUAUAUCUGGCGUUGCUAUUGUGGAGCCUGAGAAGACUUUUAAAGGAUCCAUCACUGUUCCUGAGUUGGCGUACGAUACCGAAGAAGACGAGAUUCAGUUCGAUGUGAGCGUCUACAAUGAAGAUGAGGAUCUGGAGAAGAUGAGGGCUCUCGCCAAAAAGGAGCUCUUGCCCAGUAUCAGACUGAAGUUGCUGAAGUUUGGCUGUGAUUUGAUCACCACUCACAGCAAGGAUAUUCAACUUGAAAGCGAUAAAGUCAAUUCUGUCUUCACCAAAGAAAACCAGUCCCAAUCAUCUCUGAAGGCGCCCGCACAACCUGAGAAGAAAGCUGCCUCUGCGAAGAGUCAGACGCCAUCCAGUGUGGCAUCCUCUUCAACAUCUGAAUCCAACUCUGUAGGCAAUGGUGUGCCCAAGUACAACACCUCCACACUACAUUUGGAACCCACCUUCAACACCACUGCCGAGCAGCUUUACAUCACACUUUUAGACAGAGAGAGAAUUGGUGCCUGGACAAGAUCAGCACCAAGCUUGGAAGCGUUUCCACCUAAGGAAGGUUCUGAGUUCAAAUUGUUUGGAGGGUCAAUCUCGGGCAAAUUUGUCAAUCUCGUGCCCAAUGAGCGAAUAACUCAGCUCUGGAGACUCGAGGACUGGAAACUGGGCCACUAUGCUGAAUUAGACAUACAAUUGAAGCAAGGAGCUGGUGAGACCACGAUGGUAGUGAAGUGGUCCGGCAUUCCGAUUGGUGAGGAGGACCGUGUGAGAGGCAACUUCGAGGAUUACUAUAUUCGGUCGAUCAAGAUCACCUUUGGAUUUGGUGCAGUGUUGUGA